AUGGACGACCAACGAGAUGCACGAGCCAUCUGGCUCGGCCAUCUCCUGAUGCAAUCAUUUCUAGCCCGAUGGCUGGUCCGAUCCGACCUUCCGACGGACCAGCUCCAGAACCGCCUUACAAACAUAGAGCCCCGCCUCCCUUUCUCCGACCUCUGCCGCACCCUCAGUCUCCAGUUCCCCCUACCAGGCUGUGGCAAAACCGCCCGGGAAGACCUGUACCUGUUCCUAGGAACAGCCUACCAGGCCUACCCGGGGAACCAAAUAUCCCAAAUCCAGCAGAUCCUAGAAGACUAUCUACAACAGAUCCCAGAUCCCCUUGCUUCAUUUGUACAGGAGCAAGGAAAACCGGAAACAGAUACGGAGUUAGCGAGGUAUACAUCGCUGCUGAAAGAAAUGGGCGAUAUUCAAGGCGUGGUCCCGCAGCAUGCCGAGACUAUGCUCCAGCAAACCCCGCCGGUUUGGCGGGGGACGGCGAGUUAUCGCGGCGUCUCGGCUGUCGGCGAAGGGAAGACUAAGAAGGAGGCGAGGCAUCGGGCGUCCAAGGAGGUGUAUUUACUGCUGCAGCGGUAG